AUGGAUGCUCUGGCAAUCUGCUUCUCUGAGAAACCUCAGUUCAUAACAAAAGCAUUUCAACCAUUCAUCCUGUUUGGAGACAUUGCUGAUACAAAGAGUCCUCAUAAACCCCAGCUGCUGAAAGCCGAGCCUGGAGCCGGGCCUGGGCCCGAGGCCGAGCCUGGAGCCGGGCCUGGGCCCGAGGCCGAGCCUGGAGCCGGGCCGGGGGCCGGGCCCGGCCAGAGCCACCGCACCUCCAGGGAGGCCGGAAGCCGAAAGAGCGGCCCACUUGCCGCCAAUGUGAUUUAUGAAAACAAAACAACUCUCUCAUUGGCCACCUGGGAUAACAACCACCAAACCAGCCCUCCGACUGGUCCUGCAUCCCACAGGGGAAGCUCCCAGAGGGGGGACAGCCCCUCCAUUCCCCCAGGUGGCUCUGCCCUCCACCCUUCCAUGUGGAACCAGCACAGGAGGCCAAGAGCUUACAUAAGGGUGCACAGUCCUGAGUCACUGAUUUUGUCACCUGCCCUCAGUGCCAAAAGUGAGACAAGGGUGGAGAAGGAACACCUGCCUAGGAAGAAGCGUUCAGAGGAAAUUUCUCUCCACUGCUUCUAUAAAAAUUCUCUACUUCAUUCUGAAAACAUUUUUAAGCUAAGAUGUUUCAGAGUUGUAAACUGGGAGAGGAUAACGUCUCAGAAUUUUUCUUUAUUUCUCUGGGUCUUCAUUCUCUUCACAGAAAAUGUCUUCAUUAUGUAUACAAAAUAA